AUGAUCAAACUACAACAACUUCGUAUAGCGGAAGCGCCAAUCCUGGACCCUUUUAGCCAACAGCGAUACAUAGAAAAGGGCACGGUAGCCCUGUCGUCCACCGUCAAUAUGAUCGCCGAGAUCUGCACCAAGUUUAAUGCCGUGGGCACGAUCACAGAGGCGGAAUUGGUUCCUCUGCCAGCACUGAUCUGCACUGGAAUUGCAGCCAUUGCAGAAUUACAGAUCAACGGGUUUCGAGCGAACCUCGAUGCUCUCAAAAAGACUUUAGAACUUUGCAGUACAAAAUGGAAACUUGCCUGUUACUAUCUCAACAAGCUUGAGACGCCUGAGACCACUCUUGAGAUGGAUUGA